AUGCUUGCUCACCCUCAUUGCGAUCCCGUCGAACUACGCAAGAUCAACGGUGUAGAGUAUGACUCGUAUGCAUCUGCCGCCGAAUUCUGUUUUGCGAACCACCAGCACCCUGAUGAUUACUAUGGCACACCUAAUGCCGAAGACCGUCGACCGGAUCCGGAUGAGUUCGAGGAAGAAUUUCACGAGCCUGACCUUCUGGAGGAGGACUGGCUUGAGCUUGCCCGCCAGCUUCCCGACUGCCCACCAAGCCAAGAGAUGGUAGAUCUCCUGGGUAGACGGGAUAUCGAUAUCCAAUACGAUUGGACACCCCACAAUCCUCUCUAUAUGGAUGUUGAAGACCUGCCUUCAGAGGCCCGCGAUACGCUCAACGCAGAGCAGCGGAUAGUUUACGAUACAAUAGUCGGACACUUCCAAUGCGAGAGCGAGGAGCAGAUUCUACUCCAUGUUGACGGUGGUGGCGGGACGGGCAAGUCCUAUCUGAUCAAAAAGAAGCUACGGGACGUUAGGUAUCUCGUGAUUGAUGAGAAAAGCAUGCUAGGUCUGCGUCAACUUUCGUGGAUCGACAAACGCCUCCGCCAAGUCUUUCCUGCUAGAGCAGCCGAAUUCUUUGGCGGCAUAAGCAUCAUCCUCGUUGGUGACUUCUUCCAGCUCCCGCCGAUUGUCCAGCGGCAACAGGGCGACGACCAGCGUGUGCAGGCCAAGCUAGGCCAGCGAGACGUAGAUUCGUUUGAUGCUGCUCUUCGUAUCUAUAGCAAGAAAGCUCGUGUUAGCGAGUACAACUACGAGCAUCUCGUCCGUCUCAAGCGUCCAGCAAUCCAAGUCAUGGCGAAGAACAUUGGUAACGGUGCUGACAAGGCAACGUCGGAACAAGCUGGCAACCUGGCUGGCCAGUUUCCGUAUAUGACAUCGGUUGGGCGCCUGGCGCUGAUACGCACCGUGACCCGCCAUGUGUCAUUAUGA